AUUCGUCUAAAUAAAGAAAGUUGGACGAUUUUAAAUUCAAGCAGUAGUCUUACAACUAACUUCCUGCAUAUAGAUAUUAGUAUCGAAUGAUGAUUUUAUUUUUUUUAUAAGUGUGUGGAACGAAAGUAAUGUCCCAUAUGAGAAUACUUUUGAUUUGGCUUUUUUUUUUUUUGAAGUCAAAGAAAUUGAUGAACAAGCAGCACAGACCAAGGGUCCAUAUAGUCAAAUUCAAAGGGGCAGAAAGUUUGGAAAAUACGCAACUUCAGCAGCUUUUCAUCUUGUUUAACCAUUUCUUUUCAGACUUCUCAUUUCUCGUGGUCCUCCAAUUUUUGUCCUUACUAUGCUACACCGAAGUUUAGAUAAUCAUCCUCAUACCAAACCUAAGUUUAAUUAAUCAGGUCCAGUUUCCUAAUAUAGUUACCUUAAAUACCUUACCACUCCAUUAAAUUUGGACCCUUUAGGCCCAACAAACGGCCCAAAUUAAUGAACAGCAGAAACCUAAAAGACCUAUUCCUGACGGAGCAAGGGAAGGGACAGGGAGAGGGAAAUCAGAAAUGGCAACUGAGGUUUUUCUCCAGGUGGCGAUUUUGACAUUAACACUCGCGAUUUUCUUCGCGAUUCGACACUUUCCCAAACAAGCCCUAACCAAGCACCGAAUCGACCAUCGAGCCACCACCCAAACCCAACGCCAUCUCACCCGAGCCACCCACUUGCUGUCUCGAGCCAAAUCCAAUCCUCACAAAGACCAAUCCCAAACCCUAGCCAAAAGCGCCAUAUCCGAAAUCGAAAAGGCACUCUCUCUUUCCCCUCAAGACCCAACCCCUCACGUUCUCAAAUCCCUAGCUCUCGACUUGUUGGGCCACAAGGGAUCCGCCCUCCGAUCGCUAGAUUUGGCGCUGACUUCGCCGCGCUCGAAGUCACUCGCGGAAAGAGAGCGCGUGGAGGCGAUGGUGAGGAGGGCGGAGUUGAAGUUGGCGGUUAAUAAGAGAAGGCGAGUUGAUUCGGCUGUUACGGAUUUGGAGGAGGCGAUUCGGGUGAGUGAAGAAGAGAGUGGGGUCAAAACGAGGGCGUUUUGUUUGUUGGGUGAAUGUUAUGAGUUAAAAGGGAUGAGGGAAGAAGCUAAGAAGGCUUUCGAGGAGGCGCUUAAUAUGGAGCGUGGAUCUAGCGUGGCUCGUCAGAGCUUGGAACGGUUGAGUUUGUCAUGAGUUAUGACUCCUCAACCUUUUUGUUGUGUAAAAAAACUAAAAAGUACGACUCAGAUUUUUCUGUACGUGUGUGAGUCUACAAGUACAUGGGAAAUUUUGUAGGAUAACAAUUGUUAUUACUGUAAAGAAGCCAUUGAAAUUCGAAAUAAAACUAUUUUUGUGUAAUA